UGGGCGCAUCAUUGCAAUGCCGGUCGGACGGACGGACGAACCGUCGUAUUAUCGUACAGUGCGCGCGGUAGAGCUGUAAUACCCGUGAACUGCUGGCAGUUCGGUAUAGAUAUUGAAGCUUGUAGCAGCACAACAACAACAGCUUAAUUGUCGUCGCGUCUCGCUGCACGGGAACGAGCGAUUAGGCAACGCGUAGCCUAGUGUCCCGGGAACGGGAACAGAUCAAGGUGAUAGUAGACACACACGGGGUGGAGGAGUCCAUGGGGAAGGCAAGGCAAUCGUGGUAAGUAAGAUAACGUUGAAGCGGCAGUAGACGCCACUGAUAAGCUGCUAUAACUGGCCACCAUCAUCACCACUACCACCGGUAACGCCCCAGUCCAGCUAAACGUUGACGAUCGCCAGUAGCACAAGAGUGAACAUGGCCGGUGGCAGCACUAAGGUCCGGUCGAAAGUGAAAGUAAAAGCCGCGGAGGACCAUUCUCCGACACGCGAGGAUGCAGUAAAUCUUCAUCAGCUCGAAGCACAGCACGGGAUUCUGGGGAUUGUAUUGCUACUGUUUUGCGGUACCGUUUCCAGCUAUCUGUGCACCUACCUGCCGGAAGCACUGACGGCAGCUGACCUGCAUCUCCACCCAACUGCAUUCAUUGCCGAGCGAGCCUGGGACAAUCUGCAGGUGCUGAACGAUUUUGGCCCCAAGCCAACCGGUUCGGAGGCAAACGAACUCGGGGCAGCCGAUUACAUUCGGCGAGAAAUUGCCAAGGUACAGGCGACCGCACACGCCACCCAGCUGGUGGAGACAUCGCAUCAAACCAUUUCCGGUGCGUACCCGAUCGCGUUUCUCAGCAAUCCGCUAACGAGCGUGUACCGGAACGCACAGAACCUUGUGGUGAGGUUGGCAGGGCGGGAUGGCGAUGGCGGAGCGCUGAUGCUAAACUGCCAUUACGAUACGGUGGCCAGCAGCCCGGGUGCGAGCGAUGAUGGUGGUAGCUGUGCGGUUAUGCUGGAGAUAUUGCGCGUUUUGUCACGCGCGCCCGUACGGACCCGUCAUUCGAUCGUGUUUCUGUUUAACGGGGCGGAAGAAACGCCACUGCAGGCAGCGCACGGAUUCGUAAGCCAGCACCGGUGGGCCGGGGAGGUGCGUGCCUUUCUGAACCUGGAAUCGGCCGGGUCCGGUGGGAAGGAGCAGCUGUUCCAGGCCGGCCCACAGCAUCCAUGGUUGAUCGAGGCAUACGGACGAGCCGUUCGGCAUCCGGCAGCACAAACCGUCUCGGAAGAGAUCUUCCAAUCGGGGAUCAUACCGUCCGAUACGGAUUUUCGCAUCUUUCGCGACUUUGGUAACGUGCCGGGGAUGGACUUUGCGCACACGAUCAACGGAUACCGGUACCAUACACGUUACGAUACCAUUGACUACCUGACGCUCCCAGUGUUGCAGCGCACCGGGGACAACAUCUUGGCUCUUACGCGUGAACUGGCAAAUGGCGAUGAGUUGAGCCGGGUAGCCACUGACACGAAUCUGGCCGAAGGAUACAGCGUUUUCUUCGACGUGCUAGGUCUGUUCUUCGUGCACUACAGUCUCAGUGCAGCGCGGAUAAUAAACGUUACGCUUGCCGUGCUGUCUUUGCUGCUGCCGCUGAUGGAACUCUGCCGUCCGGUUCGACGUGUCGGUGAACGUGACAUCUUCAAGCAGACGUUCGUUGGAUUGCUGGGAACGGUUUGUGGGACAGUGGCAAGCGUGCUGGUCGUGUUAAUCAUCGCCAACCGGUUGGAUGCAAUCGGACGGGCCAUGUCGUGGUUCUCGACGCCAUAUCUCAUCCUCGGGCUGUAUGGGUGUCCCGUUAUCCUGGUGCACUGUUUCGCCCAUCGUCUGUGCGGCCAUUGGUUUGCUGAUAAGAAGUCGGUGCUUAACCUCACGCAAACUGUUCGUGCACGGCUUGUCGGAGUCAACCUCUUCUGGACGCUGCUUAUAAUCCCGCUCACUCUGGCCAACAUACGCAGCGCGUACAUCUUCGUAGUAAUUCAGCUACUCUCACUACUGUCCACCAUGCUAACCUCGGUACUCGGCUAUCAGCAUCAGCCACGGCGGUGGCUUGCACUUCAUCUAGCCUUCCAGGUACCCACCUUGCUUUGGGCGACCAACUUUUACCAUCUGCUGUUAAAGCUGUUUGUACCGAUCACGGGACGAAUGGGGGCCGGUACGAACCCCGAGUAUCUGGUUGCACUGCUGGUGGCAUGCGGUGGUCUUCUGUGCGUCAGUUACCUGGUCCCUUUGGUCGGACUGCUUAAGCAAACGUCCGAGCUGACGGCCCGAUUGACUGUGUUUGCGAUGAUUGCGUUCCUGCUGGGAUGCUGCACACAGGUCGGAUUCCCGUACCGGGAUGAAAGCAAUGGAGAACCGUCUGUACAGCGACAUUACGUUACCCACACACUUCAAGUGGCGCACGAUAAUGCCGGAACUGUGCUGCAACGGUCCGGGUUUUUGUUUCGCGAAAUGGACCGAAAUGCGCUGCGUGUAAUUCGUGGCGUUGCUAAACCAUCCGAAGCUGUCCCAAUGCGGCAAAUGGAAACCUGCCGCACCAUGCUCUUCUGUGGCGUACCGUUCUAUUCUAUCUGGCAUCAGAUUCGAUUCGAUAACUACUGGAUAGAGGGUACACCUCCUGCCCUAGAGCAUCACACUCUGCCAACCUUUGAGCUGUUAACGAUUAAGCAACGAUCCAGCACAGUUCGUCAGUACAGCUUUAACAUAAGCCACCGCUUUCAAACCUGCGUCCAGUCGGCGCUUAUUAUUGCUCCCAAGCCAGGUGUCCGGCUAGUGGCAUGGAGCCUGAUGGACAGUGUGCCAGGCACGAUCGAAUUCAACGGUGAGCAGGCCCACUUUGUGCUUAUAACGUACGGUUUGGCAGACGAAGCACCAUGGACGGUGUCAUUUAAUUUUGAGUACGAUCCGGAUAAUGUGCCAAGGGAGGAGGACGGUGACGACGGAAAGCUGUUCGAUGUGAGUUGGGUCAACACGUACUGGGAGUACGCUAGCAAGCAUACGGAUGACUUCCGAAAGCUUAUCGAACAGUUUCCGGAAUGGGCACACGUUAUACCAUCGGUAGCCGUUGUGAACAUUACCGCUUACUAAAGAAAUUUUGAAUGACCUCAAAUGUGGGCAUUCCCCGGCAUUGAAUCGUUGGAACAAUAGGCAGUUCCUUUACAGGAUACAUAAAUGAAGUUAACCCAGCCUUAAUUUGACUCGAA